UUGAGACCUCUCUUCUCACGUGCGAUUCACGUGGCGGAGAUGUAUUAUAUUAAACUUCAACAGCUUCCUCGAAGUCUCAUUCCAAACGACGCUGUCGAUCAUCGUUUUGUACAUCUGCGGCAGCGCUUCUUUUCGAUCGAACCACCUCCGAAGUCAGGAUGUCAGAAACUGAGGCACCCUUUAGACCAAGGGAAAAGCUUCUCGAGAAGCAGAAGUAUUUUCAAAGCAUGCACAAACACACAUACCUGAAAGGACCAAUGGAUAAGAUCACCUCUGUUGCUAUUCCACUUGCUUUGGCCGGCACCUCAUUGUUUCUCAUUGGGCGAGGUAUCUAUAACAUGUCCCAUGGGAUUGGAAAGAAAGAAUGAGGUAGCAGUUUUUUUCUGUUAAUGGCUAUAUGAUUGUAUGGCCAAAAUUUACAUUUGUGUUUUUCUUCUUCAACAAUUAAUUUUCUUGGAAGUUUUCUCUUUAAUCACCAUGUUCAAUAAAAGAAGUGGAAUCUUCUUUUUUUUAAUGGAAUUACAUUUCAGAUUCUUUUUAAUACUGCA